AUGAGGUCGAGCAAGGCUCAAAAGCACCACUGCGACGUCUGCGGCAAGAUGGGAGACCUCAAGGUCUGCAUCAGGAAAGGCCACAUGACCUCCUGCGAGAAGCACCCGGACGCCGUGCACUCGACGUACCAGCAGUGCGUCAAGUGCACGGCCGAGCGGAAAAGAGCGGAGCGGGAAAGACGGGAGAGCAGCUCGGCGGCGACAGAUGCCGUCGACUCCGGCACGAGGAAGUCCAAGAAGAAGAAGGAGAACAAGCAGGCGGGAGAGCCUGACUGCCCGAAGGACAAGAAGGGCAAAAGAUCAAGUGAUCGCGCGCGCCGUCGCAGCAGCAACUGA